AUGGUCGCACUCUUUCGAGGAAAAGCCCUGGGGAUAGCGCAGGCGCUUCUCAUUGUGGCUCCCGCUUUUAUUAUAUUCGGUUAUAACCAAUCGGGACUUGGCCCUCUCGCGACUCUGCAGAGCUGGGUCAAGGUCUUCCCGGAGAUUGACACAAUCAACACAAAGGGCAGCCAGCUCACCAGGAACAACACACGCAAAGGUGCGGUGAUUGCAUCGAUGCAGCUUGGUGCGCUGUUCGGGGCUUUGUCGUGUACAGCGAUGAGUGAUCGACUGGGUCGUCGCAAGACCAUUUUCCUCGGUGCGAUCCUUACAAUCAUUGGCCAAUUGCUCCAGACCUCUGCCUACGGCAUUGCCCAGUUUGUUGUGGGCCGUGUUAUUCUCGGUCUUGGUGUUGGUCAAUUCAGUGUUGCUGUCCCUGUCUGGCAGUCGGAGUGCACAUCUGCCAAACAUCGUGGGCAGCAUGUCAUUGUUGACGGUAUUUGCAUCUGCUUGGGUUAUGCCCUGUGCAACUGGAUCGACUUUGGUUUCAGCAAAGUCAGCGGCUCGCUGCAAUGGCGGAUGCCACUGAUGAUCUCCUUCUUCUUCUCGCUCAUCGUUUUGGUCUCGGUCUUCCUGCUUCCCGAAUCUCCUCGAUGGCUGGUCCGCGUUGGCCGUAUCGAAGAGGCUACCGAGAGUCUUGCUGCCUAUAGGGGCGUACCCGAUGACGACGAAUCAGUCCGUGCUGAAAUUUCCGGAAUCGAGGCUUCGUUGGAAGCCUCAGAUGAUAGCGCCUCCUUGCUUGACAUCUUUAACUUGAAGAAGCCUGAUGAAGAUCGCCUGCUGUACCGUUUCUGCUUGUGCGUUGCACUGCAGUUCUUCCAGCAGAUGUGUGGAGGCAACUUGAUUUCGACAUAUAUUUCGACCAUCUUCCAAGAAAACCUCAAUAUGUCCAGUGAUAUGGCUCGUAUUCUUUCGAGUUGUGCGAUGACAUGGAAAUUCAUGUGCUCCUUCAUCGCGUUCUUCGCCAUCGACAGACUUGGCCGCCGCAAGAUCUUCAUGAUCAGCGGCACCGGCAUGGCCGUCUGUAUGACGGUUCUGGCGAUUACUAAUAGCUUCGAGGGUAACCACUCCGCGUCAAUCGCCUCGGCAUUCUUCAUGUUCCUCUUCAACUCAUUUUAUCCUAUCGGAUUCCUCGGUGGCAACUUCCUCUACUGUACUGAGGUCGCUCCCAUGCGUCUGCGAGUCGCGAUGUCUGCCAUCUCGACUGCCAAUCACUGGCUGUGGAACUUCGUGGUCAUCAUGAUCACACCAGUUGCACUGGAUACUAUCGGCUAUAAGUACUACAUUAUCUACGCCGUUAUAUCUGCGUGCAUCCCUGUUGCGGUCUAUUUCUUCUACCCCGAGACCAUGAACCGCAACCUUGAGGCGCUGAACCAUGUGUUCCGUGAUGCCGAAACCCCCUGGCAGAUCGUGAACAUUGCUCGCCAUCUACCUCAAGGCGAGGGUGCUGAGGUAGAGGUGUGGAAGCGCGGAGAUGAAAAGGGCUCGAUUGAGCAGCAGGAGCACGCUUAG